CUCACACUUCAAACUGUUACAUUUUUGUUCCCCUCCAGGUCAGGCAGUAGUUGUCAAUGCAGACCUCAGUCUCCGUUCUAUGGGCCCAAUCUCGGAGCUGGACAUGAUCUACACUCUAGACUGCUACUUCCGUCAACGGUGGAUAGAUCAAAGGUUGUCCAUGAACAUCUCCAUCGAAAAUCUAACCCUAGGGAUAAAAAUCCUAGAGCGGAUAUGGCACCCAGACACCGUGUUCUACAACGGACAGAAAAGCUACUUGCAUGCUAUAACGUCAUAUAACAGAUUUCUUCGUAUUGGCGCCAACGGAACAGUCCUGUUCUCUCAGAGACUAACGAUACAGGCCAACUGUAGGAUGAACCUGGAGUACUUUCCCAUGGAUGUUCAGAAUUGCCCAUUACUGUUCGGAAGUUUUGCCUACUCCGUUGACGACGUCAUCUACAAAUGGAGCUAUGGCCAAAGUGAGUCAAUUGAGCUGGCACCAGAUCUUCGCUUGUCGCAGUUCGAUCUCGUUGGGUAUCCAGCAACCAACUACACUGGUCGACUAAUGACAGCCAGUUCUACGCGUCUUGUGUUUGCAGCCUUACACUCGGUUCUGUGUGUGACGUUCAAGCUGAGCCGACACACAGGGUACUUCCUCAUCAACCUCUACCUGCCAUGUUGCCUGCUGGUGGUCCUUUCCUGGGUCUCCUUCUGGAUCAACAGAGAGGCCACCGCUGAUAGGAUAGCACUGGGGUCUACCACUGUCCUCACGAUGACCAUUAUUGGGAUAGAGAACAAGAGUCAACUACCCAAAGUCUCCUACGUGACAGCCAUGGAUGUGUACGUAGCCCUGUGCUAUGUAUUUGUCAUAGCAACCACGCUAGAGUUUGCUGUGGUCCAUUAUUUUACUAAGUAUGGUACGGGCGAGCCUCUGCUGCUAUCCAGUGAUGAUGAAAGCUCUUCAGAUGAGAUUUCGGACGAAAACACCAGCCUUGAGUCUUUGGCGGUGGGGAACGGCAAGUUCAAGGUUCAAAAAUACCCUUGGCCACCAAAUGAAGCGAAUGUCAAGGUUGGGGUCAUGGCCAAAUUAUGUCACUGUCUCACAAGAACAAAAAGCAGAAGAGGAUUUCGUAAAGGGAAACUAACCGCCUUCAGCAAUAGCGUCAGUCAAGUUGACAGAGCAUCUAGAGUUCUCUUUCCCUUAACUUUCACAAUUCUAAAUGUGGUUUAUUGCGUUGCUUACUAUUUAUGGGCCUUUUCGGAGCAGUAG